AUGCAAGGGGAGGUCCGUGGAGAGGUAUCGCGGGGGCUCUGGCCGAGAGCGUGGCGCGCGGUCGAAUGCCGGAGGCUGCAUUUCGCCCCCGCCACCGGCGCGGGUGAAAUGUCACCAAACGGCAUUCCGAAAUAUUUGAAACGACCUUUAUGGCGCGAAAGAAAGUGUCCGGGGCGUGGGGGCCGCGGGGAGCCGCGCGACCGUGGGACAGCGGCGCGCGCGCCAGUCGCACGGCGGCCGCCCCCCCCCCCCCUCUCGACCCCGGCCCCGAGCGCGCCGCGUCCCGCGCCCCUCCUCCUGCAUUCCAGCGCGCCUCCCCACGGAUUUAUUCAGCCGCGACCAGGGCCC